AUGAAGGACACACUGACCCUGCUAACUCGAGUUACUGCCCACCCUGACUCCCGUUGCUGGUUCCUAGCAUGGAAUCCAUCUGGAACUCUUCUGGCUUCCUGUGGUGGGGAUAAAAAUUAUUCGGAUCUGGGGCAAAGAAGAUGGUACCUGGGUAUGCAAGUCAGUCCUUGGUGAUGGCCACCAGCGGACUGUAAGAAAAGUGUCAUGGUCACCUUGUGGUAACUACCUUGCUUCUGCCAGCUUUGAUGCCACCACCUGCAUCUGGAUGAAGAAAAAAGAGGAGUUUGAGGUUGUUACAACACUUGAGGGGCAUGAAAAUGAGGUAAAAUCUGUGGCCUGGGCACCUUCAGGAAAUCUUCUGGCCACAUGCAGCCGGGACAAGAGUGUAUGGGUAUGGGAAGUGGAUGAAGAAGAGGAAUAUGAGUGUGUCAGUGUUCUUAAUUCACAUACACAAGAUGUAAAGCAUGUGGUAUGGCACCCCCAUCAGGAGCUUCUAGCUUCUGCCAGCUAUGAUGACUCCGUUAAGUUGUAUCGAGAGGAGGAGGAUGACUGGGUGUGUUGUGCCACCUUGGAGGGUCACACGUCUACAGUUUGGAGCUUGGCUUUUGAUCAGAGCGGAGAGAAGCUGGCAACCUGCAGCGAUGAUAAAACUUUGCGCAUAUGGAGGCAGACUAAGGCUGAAGAGGAGCAAGCUGUAGGUGGAAGUAAAAAAGAUGCAAGCUGGAAGUGCGUAUGCACACUGACAGGGUACCACACCAGGACAGUCUAUGAUGUUAGUUGGAGUCAUCUGACUGGUUCUCUUGCCUCAGGCUGUGGAGAUGACGCGAUCCGGAUAUUUGAAGAAGACCCAGGCUCUGAUCCAUUGCAGUCAACUUUUUCUCUUACAGCCCACAUGCCACGAGCCCACUCUCAGGAUGUCAACUGUGUAGCAUGGCAUCCUAAGGAGCCUGGGCUUUUGGCAUCCUGUAGUGAUGAUGGAGAUAUGGCAUUCUGGCAGUACCAGCGGCCAGAAUAA